UGGAAACACGGAAGAAACGAAGUCACUUUCCGUGUUUGCUUUUUUCCGUCGAUAUUUUUCUGAAAAUUACUUUUAAAACUAGAAAAUGGGAGCUUGUAUGGCACUGUGCUCCUUGGCCAGCUGUGCCUCUUGUCUGUGUGGCUCCGCCCCCUGUCUCCUCUCGGGUUGCUGUCCCUCCACCAACAACUCCACGGUGACCCGGCUGGUCUUCUCCUUCUUUCUGCUCAUGGGCACCGUGGUGUCUGUCAUCAUGAUUCUUCCAGGCAUGGAGACGCAGCUCAAGAAGAUCCCAGGCUUCUGCAAGGGGGGUGCCUCGAUAUGGGGCGUAGAGAACAAGGUGAACUGUGACAUCAUCGUGGGCUACAAGUCUGUGUACCGCAUGUGCUUCGCCAUGGCCUGCUUCUUCUUCUUCUUCUCCCUCAUCAUGAUCCGGGUGCGCAGCAGCAAGGACCCCCGCGCCCCCAUCCAGAACGGGUUCUGGUUCUUCAAGUUUCUGAUUCUGGUUGGUAUCACCGUGGGAGCCUUCUUUAUCCCAGAUGGAACCUUCAACACAGUGUGGUACUACUUUGGCAUGGUCGGCUCCUUCAUCUUCAUCAUCAUCCAGCUCAUCCUCCUCAUCGACUUCGCCCACUCCUGGAACGAGGCCUGGGUGGAGAGGGCUGAGGAGGGCAACCGCAAGUGCUGGUUUGCAGGCCUACUGUCCUUCACCAUCCUGCACUACGCCCUGGCCUUCGCCGCCAUGGUGCUCUUCUACAUCUUCUACACCCAGCCUGAUGACUGCACAGAGAACAAAGUGUUCAUCAGCCUCAACCUCAUCUUCUGCAUCAUCGUCUCCGUCGUGUCCGUCUUGCCCAAAGUGCAGGAAGCUCAACCUCAGUCUGGUUUGCUGCAGGCCUCCCUCAUCACUCUAUACACCAUGUAUGUCACAUGGUCUGCCAUGACUAACAACCCCAACCGUAAGUGCAAUCCCAGCCUGCUCAGCCUGGUCUCAGGCGGCAGCAGCAGCAGCACCCCCGCCCCAACCAGCGCCCCGGGACAGGUGCAGUGGUGGGAUGCCCAAGGCAUUGUGGGAUUGGUCAUCUUCCUCUUCUGCACCCUCUAUGCCAGCAUCCGCUCCUCCAACAACGCCCAGGUGAACAAGCUGAUGCAGACGGAGGAGGGCCAGAGGCUGUCGGCUGACGUGGAGGCCACGCCCGGAGAGGACGGAGUGAGACGCGCGGUGGACAACGAGGAGGACAGCGUCACCUACAGCUACUCCUUCUUCCACUUCUCUCUCUUCCUGGCCUCUCUCUAUAUCAUGAUGACUCUCACAAACUGGUACCAGCCCGACACAGACUACCAGGCCAUGCUGAGCACCAUGCCAGCAGUGUGGGUGAAGAUCAGCUCCAGCUGGCUGGGCCUGGCUCUGUACCUGUGGACCCUGGUGGCCCCACUCAUCCUGCCAGACCGAGACUUCAGCUGAACAGCACCACGGUCCAAAUGGAUCGCAAGCGCAGUGUGUCAGAACAGGGGUUGUGCAGGUCAAGCAUGUGUGCGUCGGUGUGGGUGUGUAUGGGUUGUGCACUUCUGUGCUUGUGUCCUGGUCUGGUGGGGUUUGGUCUCGUCUGCAGAUGAAAGCUCUGAGCUACAAGUUUUAUUGGUCAGUAUGAAGGAUAUGGGUAAAACCUUAACUUUUUCACUAAAUUGUAAAAUCAAUUUAACAUAUAUGUGCAUACACAUACACACACAUAUCCAUUGUCCUGUAAUGUAUAGCAUAUAACAGUUUAGCAUCAUCACAGUCUAGCAAUUUAUAAUCUGCUUGACUUUUUUGUUAGCUAUAAACCAUUCUUGCAGCUUUAUCAGAUUUCGGUUAUAACCAGAACACU